AUGAGCAUUUCUUUCAAUCCACCUUGUCGCUGGUUAGUUGAUAAUACUAACGCAGAAAAUAAUAUUCGACACAUUUUUUUUCAACAUUGGGAGAAAAUGAAAGAUCAAUGUAUAGCAGCAAUAAAUCAGAUCAAUGCCUGGCGUGAUCAAACAAUCCAAGAGAUACAUCUACAUGUCGAUGAACAAACCCGGAUUCUGGCAACUGACUUUGAACAAUUACAACUUAAUCUCCAUGAAAAAUGCGAAGAAAAUCUUGAUACAACACGUGCUUACUGUAGCGCACAAAAUAUUGAAUUAUUUAAUGAACUACAAAAUGCAUGUCGAUUAUUAGAGUUUCAUAUGAUACAGCUCGAGACUGUCACUUCUACAAUGAGUGCAUACAGAGUGGUAACUAUUAAAGAACAAAUGGAAAGAAAGCAGAAAGAAAAAUCCGAUGCAUCAGAAUUAAAGAUUAAUAAGUCUGAAGAAAUCUCAAUAGUUGAAAAUAUCAACACUACUUUGGAUAAUGGAAGAGAAAACAAAGAUCUAUCUGUUCAGUUAGUAUCAUCAAUAUCAGAUGAAACUGACACAAAUCCAGCAACGAUGAAAUCUUCGAAUAAUGAUAAUUAUGCUGAAGUAGUAUUACCACAUCCGACAACAUCAACUGUAUCAAGCCUUGAUUGUUUAUCAAUGAUUGUCGAAAGUAUUGAUCCAAACAAACUUGUUAGUUCGUCAAAUAAUAUCAAUGGAACAUCAAAUAAUGCUAUUUUAAAUCGAUGUUGUUAA